AUGGCCGCAAUCGACUACGCGCACUGGCAGCACAUCCUAGGCGACAGCAGCGAAGGAGAAGAUGAAGAAAGCGAAGAAGAAGUGUUCCAAAACCCACCUGCAGCAAGGUCUCCGCGACGCGACAUCGUCCGAGGUUCGUUCGCAGUACGAAAUCCACCGAAGCCCGACAACAAGGAAGAACGUCGUCUCCUGCGUGCUGAAAAACAAGAACUACGCCUCUACCUCCAACGCAACCCAUGUCCUCCAAAGAAACUCAUACAGGAGUGGCUUCUCCAAGUCGCAACCACGCCGCGCACCGAAAGCCGUCCUGGACCCAACUUCGCGUAUGUGAUGAAGAGCAUGGAAUGGACCUACGAGCACCUCGGCUGGCUUCACUACCGCUCUCUCCUGAUCCUCUGGACGUCCGGCACCACCCGAACAACAGAGGCCUUCGACGCGCAACGCAAAGCCGGCAUUCAGCUCUACCAACGAGGAGGACGCGAAUGCAUGCAGUUCAACUACUACGUCCUCCACUACACGAUGUGCGGACGACACUUCAUUCCCGACCCUCCCCGGUCCGCCUUCGGCUUCAACAGCCAGAUCGAGAAAGCGUGGGACGGAAUCGGAUCGUGGCAGGCCUGA